AAUUGGCAUCCCAAGCAAACUGAGCACAAACAAAAUAUAAAGGGGAGGAGCUGUGGCUCUGCAGUUCUCAUUCCUAACCAACACUCUGCAUCCAUCCAUCCCAAUUUCUCGUUCAGAAUGCCUCUCGCCCUCACCCUUCUUGGAUUAUUACUCUUGUCACUACACAUCUCUGCAUCUUGUGCUGCCAUGGACACCAUGACACCUGCGCAAGCGCUCUUUGGAAACGGCAAGCUCAUAUCCAGCAACGGCAAGUUCGCGCUCGGCUUCUUCCAGACUGGCAGUAAGUCCUCUCAUAACACCCUAAAUUGGUACCUAGGCAUAUGGUACAACAAAAUCCCCAAGCUAACUCCAGUAUGGGUGGCAAACGGUGAUAACCCAGUCACAGACCCCAACAAUUCAGAGCUCACGAUCUCUGGCGAUGGCGGGCUCGUCAUCUUAGAUCGAUCCAACAGAUCCAUCGUUUGGUCUACCCGAAUAAAUAUCACAACUAACGACACAGUUGCCAUGCUAUUGAACAGCGGAAACCUCGUCCUACAGAAUUUCUUGAAUUCAUCCGAUGCGCUGUGGCAAAGCUUUGACUACCCAACACAUACUUUCCUCCCUGGUGCAAAACUUGGUUGGAGCAAGAUCAGUGGUCUCAAUAGCCGUCUGGUUUCUAGGAAGAAUUCAAUUGACCUAGCUCCUGGCAAAUACAGUGUUGAGUUAGAUCCAAGUGGUGCGAAUCAAUACAUCUUUACACUGUUGAACUCAUCCACACCAUAUUUGACUAGCGGGGUAUGGAAUGGCCAAUACUUUCCCUCAAUUCCAGAGAUGGCAGGACCCUUUAUAGUAAAUUUUACAUUUGUCGACAAUGAUCAAGAGAAGUACUUCACAUAUAGCUUACUAGAUGAGACAGUGGUUUUCCAUCAUUUCUUGGAUGUCUCAGGUCGAACAAAGACAUUUGUUUGGCUUGAGGGCUCACAAGAUUGGGUAAUGACCUAUGCACAACCCAAAGUUCAAUGUGAUGUAUUUGCUGUUUGUGGACCUUUCACAAUCUGUAACGAUAAUGAACUUGGGUUCUGCAAGUGCAUGAAAGGUUUCUCCAUAAAAUCACCAAAGGAUUGGGAAUUAGAUGAUCGGACAGAUGGGUGCAUGAGAAAUACUCCAUUAGACUGUGCUAGCAACAAAACCGCAUCAAGUUUGACUGACAAGUUCCAUUCUAUGCCAUGUGUUAGAUUGCCUCAAAAUGGCUACAGCAUUGAAGCUGCUACAAAUGCAGAUAAAUGCGCCCUAGUUUGCCUAAGUAAUUGCUCUUGCACUGCAUAUUCUUAUGGCAAUGGUGGCUGCUUGGUCUGGCAUGCUGAGUUGUUCGAUGUAAAACAGCAGCAGUGUGAUGGCAUAACUGAUACUAAUGGAGGGACCCUUUACAUUCGCCUUGCUUCAAGAGAGGAGCAAAGCCAGAAAAAGAACAGAAGAGGAUUGAUCAUUGCAAUUGCCCUUGGUCUAAGCUUCGCUGCUCUGUUUAUGCUGGCAAUCGCACUAGUGAUUUGGUGGAACAAAAGUAAGAGGUAUAAUUGCACAUCAAACAAUGUUGAAGGUGAGAGUGGAAUUGUUGCGUUUAGAUAUAUUGAUCUGCAGCAUGCGACUAAAAACUUCUCAGAAAAGCUGGGGGAAGGUGGGUUUGGUUCUGUAUUCAAGGGAUUUCUCCAUGACUCAAGAACUAUAGCAGUGAAAAAGCUUGCUGGUGCACAUCAAGGAGAAAAACAAUUCAGAGCAGAAGUGAGCUCGAUUGGACUAAUCCAACAUAUAAAUUUAAUAAAACUAAUUGGCUUCUGUUGUGACAAUGAUAGUAAACUGCUUGUUUAUGAACACAUGCCAAAUCGUUCCCUUGAUGUUCAUCUAUUCCCAACUGAUAUUAAAAUUUUGAAUUGGGAUACUAGGCAUCAAAUAGCUAUUGGAGUUGCUAGAGGACUAUCUUAUUUGCAUGACAGCUGCCGCGACUGCAUUAUACACUGUGAUGUUAAACCUCAAAACAUACUUCUCAGUGAAUCAUUCACUCCCAAAAUUGCAGACUUUGGAAUGGCAAAGUUUCUAGGAAGAGAUUUUAGUCGAGUUUUGACUACAAUGAGAGGAACUAUAGGAUAUCUUGCACCUGAAUGGAUUAGUGGAGUGCCUAUCACACCAAAAGUUGAUGUUUAUAGCUAUGGGAUGGUUUUGUUGGAAAUUGUUUCAGGAAGGAGGAAUUCAAAUGGAGGAUGUAUCACUGGUGGUGACAAAGAUGUUUAUUUCCCAGUGAAAGUCGCGCAUAAGCUUCUGGAGGGAGAUGUAGAAAGCUUGAUAGAUCCCAACUUACAUGGCGACGCCAACUUAACAGAGGUUGAGAGAGUUUGCAAGGUUGCUUGUUGGUGUAUUCAAGAUAAUGAGUUCGACCGACCUACUAUGGGUGAAGUGGUUCAAAUUCUCGAGGGAAUAUUUGAACUUGACACACCUCCAAUGCCAAGACUACUGCAAGCUAUUGCCGGAAGCUCUUGUUCUAUUGCAGAAUAAUAUUUUCACAAUCAAAUGAUUCUAUUUAAUCGAUAGGGUUAUUUUUACCUUUCUUGUGCAUAAGAUUGUCAGACGUAAAUGUAAGCUACAUUGUGGAUCUAUAUUGAAAUGUUAAUUAGUGAAAUCAA